AGUCAUUAUUCAUACCUAUUUCGGUCGACUCCUUGCUAAAUUCUGCGAAGCACUGCUUUUGCUAGGGUCAGUGUUAGCAACUCUCCGGUUUGAGUUCCGUGAGCUCCCUACAAACGUUAGGGCGAAGCUGAAAUAGCCUCUCAACGCUAUCAGUAUAGGUAGAAAAAAAAACCCAGGUGGGUCGAGAGCUAGUCCACCAGCUGUGGUACUCAUCAAUGAAGUAUUACACUCUUUGUAGUCGAUUGUAACGGAAAAAAUAUGAAACUCGAUGAUAAGUAUCGUGACUUGUCAAAGUUAUGAUUCUAAAUUAAACAAAGCUUAUAUAAAUUAUUUUAUUUAAGUUUAUAGUCUAAGCGACUGCGAACACGCAGUCCGUAACUUUAAAUAAUAUUGGCUUAAAGGUCUAGUAACCAGCCCAUAAAAUUACAAAAAAAAAACUUAGAUAAUAGUGAUAAUACACCUAAUAGGUACCUAUUUAGUAGCAGUGUAAGUUCAUGUAAAUUCACUGUAAAUUUUGCUUAAUCAUUACAUUACUCUCAUUUUAUAAAUAAUUUUCGUUCCACAUUCCAUACUUGAGAAAUGGCUGGUUAUUUUGAAGAAAUGGGUUGGAGAGAAUUGGGUGAUGGGGAACAACCAAAUCAUCUCUUACAUUUUGCAAGAUUUCUCAUAGAUUCUGGCUUAGAUCGAACUGGUGCAGCGGAGUGGCCAAGCUUACCUCCGCCUGCAUCGAAAGAGGCAGUACAAAAAUUACAAGAUGUUGUAAUAGAAAAUCAAAAGAAAGGUUGCCCAAUAUGUUUGAAGAACUUAGAAGCUGGAGAAAAGGUUAAAAAGAUGCCUUGUAAUCAUAUUUUCCAUCCAAGGUGUAUUUUGACAUGGUUAGACAAGACAAACUCAUGCCCGUUUUGUAGACAUGAGAUGCCUACUGAUGACGAAAAUUAUGAAGCCUACAAGAAAGCAAAGAAACGAGCUGAACAGUCACAAAAUGAUCUUGAUGCAUUACACAAUUCAAUGUUUAGUUAGCAGUUUCAUCAUCAUUAAUUUUUUAGGGUUAUUGGUAAUCUCAGGUGAUAUAAAUUAUAAAAGGUUAUGGUUAUCAUGUCUAAUGUUUAUCUACAACAAUUUUCUAUUAAAACAUGUACAUAAUGUAAAAUUCCUGAGUUUUUUAAUUCUUCACACGGUUGAUUGAAGCAGCACACCUAAUGUUAAGUUUUUAUUGAAGCCCACAGCAUCACAAUGUGAAUGCCACCAACCCACCUUGAGGCAUGAGGUCGAAAUAUAACUGAUGUCUCACUCUCAAACAUAAAACGCAUCAUAGAUUAGCAGCAGAAAUGCAGGUGGUGUUCACCUCUGUAGCUCACAAUAAGGCUUACCACCAGUAAAUGUCAGUUGGUGGUCGCUGUAGAUCGGUAUUAUACUCAGAGAGAGCUAUUGCCCAUUCUCUAUAGGCUUUCUUAGUCUCCCAUAACAACACUGAUGGAAAGAAAUGGAGUGGUGCUAUUCUGUGCCGACACCAUAUAGCCAAAAAUAUUUAUGUAUAUUAUGUUUGUUAGAUAUAUGCAAUAAAUUAAAAUAUUCCCAAA